UUUGACUGUACACAAACAAAACAAAACCACAGCAACAUGAAUCCAAUUACUCGCAAGCCGGGGAUUGAAAUCCCGAGUUUUAUCUUCUACUUCUUCGCCAUAUCGGACGACCCCAAACGAAUGUAUGAGCCCUGGCUCGACUGCUUCACUGAAGAUGCCGAAGUCACCAUGGGCAAGAAGGUUGCGAGAGGUCGGGAAGAGCUACAGGAGCUGAGACGCGGCAUGUGGAAGGAUGUAAGGUCAAGAAAGCACCACGAUUUCAGCAACUUCUACGCCGCUGCUUCUGAUGCAUUUACAAAGUUCAAAAGGGAACAAGGAGAGGACGAGGUUGAGGUCAUGUUCAGCGGAAAGGUUACUUUGGAGGUGGUCUCUGGCGAAGGGCCUGAAACCGAGCAAAAGGUGGUGGAUUGGGCGGCGCAGGGCACGUUGGUUCGACAAGACUGGGAAAGCGAGUCUGGAGGAGCCGAGAAGUGGAAGUGGGCGAGGUAUAGAGUUUGGCUGCAGAGUUGAGACAGUCUGAGGAGGUUGACUUCUCAGCAUAUCGUAUAGAGGAUCGGGACAACGUGGAUGACUUGUUGGGGCAGACUCCAAACUCCACCGCCUCUCUCUCUCUCCAACUCGGAGUUGUUCAUGUGCCCCUGCUUCUGGCUUCUCCACCUUUCCACGCAAGUAUUGGCUUGUCGGUGUAAGGGUGGUGGUUUAGUAAACCUAUGGUGUAUGCAGAUGGAAUCUGGCAGAAGACAGAGUCUGAGUGAGAGAGAUGAUUCUUGAGAUGAACCCGACUGGCAGGUGCAUCGUCUGGUCAUUUGGGAGGAAUGUAGUCGUUAUGGACGAACUCAACUGAUAAGAUAUGACGUGCUGCGGUGAGUCGCAGGUGGAGUCAGAGGGGGAAUGCGCUGGG